UAAUGUUUAUGCCUUAUGGUGCUGGUUCUAAUGUACCGUAUCUGACACGUUGUAUCUAUGGAUUCUAUGUGUGAUUGUUCUUUGGAAAUUCUGGCCAUAGGAAAAUUUGAACAACACUUCCAUUUACUUAACUAUGUGAUUUCUCCCUGUUGAUAAUUUGGUUUUACCAGUUUUCUUUUAAUAAAAACAAUGCUCUCGACAAUUGACCCAGACAAAUUAUUCGAAGGGAGCUCCGUUGAGGAGAUUGACGAGGUGCAAAAGCUGAUAUGUAUUGAGAUUGAAAAGAAGAAGGAAGAGUUGAGGACACUUGUCGGGGAGAGAUAUAGAGACUUUAUAGAAGCUGCUGACACGAUCAAGGAAAUGAAGGAACUCUCUCUUAGGAUUAUUAAAGAUGUCGAGAAAAUUAAUUCAUUAAUGGUUGAUCUUCAAAAAAAUCAGCGAACAUACAAGCCAGAACAUCGCCAAAAGGAAAGAACUAGCUGUGAUUCGUUAAUGGAUUCUAUUGCUGCACAAAUUUCUAUUCUUGUUGAGCUUCCGGAGCUUAUUUGGACUGAAAUUGGCGUUAAAAACUUUGUCAAAGCUACACAGCUUUAUCUUCUUGGGCGUCACAUUAAAACAGGUUUUACUGCGGACAAAAGUCUCAAACAGUUCUCAAACCAGCUGCCAGUUGUUGAACAACAGUGGUCUGUAUUGUCUCAUUUUUCAAACACAAUUCUAAGAGAGGCAGAAAAUGACUUGAAAAAAAUUAAUUUAAGCAAUCAGGAAGCUAGUAUGUGCCUUGCAACCAUUGCUAUUCUUCAGGACACGUCUUUGGUUUCAAAAUUUCUCUCUUUGAGAAGUGACGCCCUGAAUUCUCUGUUGGUCAGUGAUGGUGAUGUGAAGAAACAAAUUUUGGAUAGUUGUUUUUCCAUUAUCACAUCAUUAUCUCUCCUGUAUUCAUUAAUUUUAGAACCUUGGGAAUCAGGGAAAGGGCUUGUAUGGAAACAGCUUCACAAUUCUUUAGCAAAUAAUCAAAAUCCUAUUAAUUUAUUGCAAGAGAGUAUUAAGAUUUCAUUUUUACCACCGGUUGUCCUUCAUUUCAAAAUAAAGCCACUUAGUAAAAAUGAUUUAGAGAUUGAAAAGUUAGAGAGAGUUAUUGCUGAUUGGUUGGACAAUAUAAAACAAAUCGUCUCUAUAAAAGGAAAGAUGCUUCUCAAUAAAAUCAACAUCUUGCAUAAUUUAAACGAAAUAAGUGUAAAACAUAAAACAUAUUGCUCUGCGUCUGAUUGGGAACAGCUGUUAACAACAUUUAACAUCAAGAACAAAUUUGACCUGUGGGAUGGAGUUUUCAAACCUUUGAUCGUAUCAAGGGCCAAGGAAUUAAUAUCAAUCCAGUACGAUGAAACAUUUCGCAAUGUCAUUAAAAAAAUUCAAACUUCAGUAUCAGAAGAGGAUGUAAAAAGGUCAGAUUUAGAUUUAAGAUGGUUUAUUUGGAAGGAAACAUCCGAUGAUUUAGAUAUGUCUACCAAUAAUUCGAGUCUAUCAAAAGGAAUCAGCUUGAAAUCAAAGGGAAUAACACCAAAAGUUUAUGAAAUUUGUAAUGCAUUUGAGCAAAAGCUUGAUAGUUUAUAUCGAGAUCUCUCUGGUCUGUACAGACCUGAUGACAUCCUUGAUCCUGAUAGCAAUGAAUUAAAAAACCAUCAACAGGCUAUUUGUUCUUCCAUGAUACAAAAAUUGAUCAAACAUAUUCAUGACAUAGUUAACAAGGAUUCUAUAAAUGAAGGCGAUGUAUUGAUACUAGCUAGGUUCCUUCAAGCGGUUCCGGAAAUAUGCCCUAUGCUUCAAAAGUGCCUUAUGCUUGGGGAAAAUAAAGAUAAUGCUUGGCAAAUACUAAAAAUGUUUAAUUCAGAGAGUUUGUAUUGUUGGAGCAUAUGGGAGAAAAAAUCUUUACUAAGAUUCAACAAGUACAUACCAGAAGUUAUGAAAACACCAGCUACAUAUGCGGAUCUCUUAACUUCCAUUCCUCAAUGGGACAUGAUUUGUAUUGAAGAUGAAGAAGAAGGUAGUGACAAGCAGAAAUCAAAACUGAGAGUGCCAUCUGCUCCCAGCCUUCCUUUACAGUCUGCUUUGCAGCAAGUAAUGACAGAGAUCGGGAAAGCUCAUGUGCCAAAGUUGAUUGCUGAAAACAUUAUGCAAAAAGUUGUUCCAAUAUUGUUGGAUUGUUAUAACACAGAAACACAAUUGUGCCAGGCACAAUCCCUUCAGAGCCUCUUUGACAUCAAAUACAUUACAGCUCAGUAUAUUCCUUUAACAAAUAAGGAAUUAAAUUUACUUUGUCAAACAAAAAUAUCUAAACUUGAAAGUACAAUAGACCCAAUUGAUUUAGAGGUCUUUUCUCCAUUAAUAAGAACAAAUAUAAAAGCUGCAAUAGUGAAGACUCAGGGCAUGUUUGGUUUGAAAUUUCACUCUGAGGAAAGUACAGGGAUAAAAAUGUCUGAUGAUGCAUGCAUUCUUGCCAUGAGUAAAUCUUCAGCUAAAACAUGGUUUCCGCUUUUGCCAAUUACAAACCCUACAAAUAGGCUGUAUCAAAGUAAUAAGCCAAAGGUGAUGAAAGUUGACAAACAUUCUAAUGAGACUGAGGCAUCUAAAAUUCAAAGUUCAUCCUCAUUUUUCUAUGAAUGGUUUAGCUAGUUUUACUGUGUUAUUUAAACAAUGAUUUUUUUUCAUAUAGCUUGUAUAUAAAAUAUUGUUUGUGUUUUACAAUUAUUCAUGGUUCCAUUUGAUGAAUAACAUCAUGACAGUUUUAUUUUGUGAUACUGUAAGAUGGCUAUUGCAUUGAUUGAUCUUUUGUUAUUGCAACCAACUAUAAAUAAUAUUAUAAUAUUAAUAAUUUUG